AUGUCCAAGGAGGACUUCGGGAAAGAAGCGCUGGACAUCGACACCAACUCGGUGCACUUCACCGUGGGGAGAGGAGAGAAGCAGGUGAAUGUUCGCACGGCCGAGCUGGAGACGUCCUUCAAGCAGAGCCGCGAUUGGUUUGGGUUCUUCUACGACGAUGUUUUCUGCCCUCCGAAGUUCUAUCACUUAGUGGUCGAGUGGAUCGCAUGCUCAUCCAUCCACAUCACGUCCUUCUUCGCCAAGCUGGAGAAGCUUGCGGCUGAGCACAACUUCCGGCUUCUGCGGCUGCCGAUCAGUGUGCUGUUCCCUCAGCCAGCGCCGGCGUGGAUCUGGAGUGAGGAUCAGGAAACCAACUUUGACCGGCUGCCCUUCUACCCACGGCCGAAGAUAAGCUUUCCCAAGGAUCAGGACACCUCGAAGGCCAAGCAACUCUACGCGAAGCUUCUUGAGGCAUGGGUGCAGCCGCCCCUGAGCUUGCAUUUCAUCUUCUCGUGCCCAAUCCAGGAUUUCAAGGCCUAUCCCAUCGUGGCCGAGGAGGAUCCAGAACGCACAGCGGCGAAUAGAGAGGUGUACCAGCGUCUCAAAGGAUGGGUGCUUUGUGAUUCCGAUUGCCUUGCCCUCGUGACGCUACGGGAGGAGGGUAUCAUGUUCUUCGAGAACCACGUACAGGUGUUCGAAGCUCGCACAGAAGAACGGGUCCAGUCCAACCUGAAGAAGGCAAACCAGCUGCGAAGCAAGUUCUUUGAAAUCACCAAGGAGGUCUUGAAGAUAUUGGAGCAGCCAACCUGA